AUGUCAUUCGACUCGAACGGCAGCCAGUCCUCACAGGGUCAGACGAUCCCGUUGAGCGACUUCCUGAGCACCCACGACGAUAACCACUUUGUCUGGGACGACGUGGACAGGGAAAUUUCUGAUGAGUGGCUAGACCCCGUUCAGGAAGCCAUGCUUGACCACACCAAGCACAAGGUGUUUUCUCACGGCGGUAGAGAAUAUCUCACACCUCCGAGCCCUUUCGUACAGCAGGGCCCAGAGCUUGGUGACUCCGGAUCGACCAUCGUCUACAAGGUUACACCUCCCGAAGGGUACGCCUACCGUCGGCCUCUCGCGCUCAAGGUGAUUGUCUGUAAGCAGAACUCGCGGCCACCGGGCCCGGACAGCGAAGCACGCAGCAACGCCCUGAAGGAGGUCAAGACCAUGUCUAGACUCAGGCAUCCGCACAUCGUGGCGUACGUGGCCUCGUUUGAGGCCUACUGCAUCCAGACCCGCGAGGUCAGGCGGAGGCCGCGUGCGGGCGCCCAUGCCGUGUUGCUCAGGGUCAACCAAAGGAUCAGGAAGCAUAUCCUCGGCAUCGCCAUGUACCCGCCCGCGCAGUGCAACCUGCGCACUUUCAUGGAGGAAGUCUUCCAGAGCCCCAAGGAGGCGGACUGGAUACUGCCCCAUCUCCACACCUACUUCGGCUGUCUGGCGCAGGCCGUAGCGUACCUCCACCGGAAGAGCGUGCAGGUCCGGCAUAAGGACAUCAAGCCCGAGAACAUCGUCAUCGACGACUUCGGCCUGCCGAUCCUCACUGACUUCGGUCUCUCCAAGCACUUCGAGACAGGCCAGUACUCGGAAGGCCCGACUCCGAAAACGGUCAAGUACGCCGACCCCGAAGCGAUGCACGAGGGCCGCCGGGACGAGCGCUCGGACAUCUUCUCCCUGGGCUGUGUCUUCCUUGAAAUGGCCACCGUCCUGCUCGGCAAGCCACCCCGGUUCGCCGAAGAGCAGCUCUCUGUCGGCGCUGCCGGCGACGGCCACUCCAUCUCUUCCUCGGGUACCUCCCCGGGACCAACAUCCUACGAGUUCAAGUAUUCGGAAUCGCUGUACAACCUCGACCGCUACCUCGCCACGCUCACCUUCGUCGCCCGGGAUCUCGCCGUUUCGGAACCCGCGCGUGAAGCCUCCGUCAAGGCCGUGCUCGCCGUCUUGCCGCACAUCCGUCUCAUGAUGGACGAGAGGCUGCAUUGCCGGCCGCCGGCAUACACGCUAUACCCCCUUUUCCGGCACCUAUACGAUGUCUACGACGUGCCUGGGCCGUGUCCCAACUGUGAGGAGGAACGCCGAACGGGGAGGGCGAUACCCAGC